AAUAGAAGUUGAAAUGUUGGAGAAUUAAAAAUCAAACAAUAAGAAUUUGUUUCGUCUAUUUUUCUUUUUUGACGGACAUUUGAAACUUAACGUACAUAAUGACGGAGAAAGAAGGAAAUGAAUAUGUUAUAACUGAAAUUAUUGGUAAAUCUGAAAAAAUGGGAGAAAAUUUAACAAACGAAGAUGCAUCUGCCAGUUUUGAAACAAUUCAUUCAGAAACACCAUUAGUUCGAAAUGGAGUUCAAAUUACUUCUAAGGACAAAGCAAAAAUAUUUAAUUUUUUAGUUGAUAUUUUGUUAAAAGCAACUGGCAAUGCACCAAUAAUGAAACAAAAAAAGUGGUCUGUCAGUCAAGAUUAUUGUAUUGGUCGUAUUUCUGAUUUUAUUAGAAGAUAUCUUAAAUUAGAUUCAAAUGAAAAAUUGUUUCUAUAUGUAAAUCAAACAUUUGCUCCUGCACCAGAUCAAGCACUGAAAAAUUUAUACGAUUGCUAUGGUGCAGAUGGAAAAUUAAUACUACAUUAUUGUAAAAGCCAAGCUUGGGGUUAAAAUUAUGCUUAUAUAAUAAUUUUACGAAUUAUUACAUAAAUAUAUUAUAUAUAUAUUAUAUAUGUUUAAGUUUAAAAAAUUUUAUUAUUGUAUAAACAUUAUUUGAUAAGU